AAUUUUCAGAAACAAAUCCUACCAUAUCCGUCGAAUUCUAGAGAUAGAAAGAAAGAAUUCUAGAGAGAGAGAGAGAGAGAGAUAAUGGCACCAGAAAUUGUGCUCCAAUUGGCGCUCCUAGCCCUAACCCUAGCAAUAUUCAUCGCGAUCCACAAGCUCCCCAGAGAAGCCCUAACCAAGCUCCGAACCAGGCACCGAGCCACUCUCCAAUCUAACCGCCACUUCGCCCACGGGUCCCAACUCCUGGCUCAGGCCCGAUCCACGGCACACACUGCCCAGUCCCUGGCCCACGCAAAGUCCGCUCUGAUCGAAGCCCAAAAGGCCCUCUCUCUCUCCCCCAAGGAUCCGGAACCACUCGUCCUCAAAGCCCUAGCUCUGGACCUCAUGGGCCACAAGAGCUCCGCCCUGAGAUCGCUCGACCUUGCCCUGUCAUCCCCGCGCGUGAGGUCUCUCGCGGAGAGGGAGCGUGGGGACGCGCUGGUGAAGAGGGCCGAGUUGAAGCUGUCGACGAAUCGGAGGCGACGGGUUGACUCGGCCGUGGAGGACCUGGUGGAGGCGGUUAGGCUAGGCGGAAGUACCAAAGCCACGGCGUUUUGUUUGCUGGGGGAGUGUUACGAGUGGAAGGGGAUAAGAGAGGAGGCUAAGAAUGCUUUUGAAGAGGCCUUGCGCGUCGAGCCUGGGUCCGUCGCGGCUCGUCAGGGGUUGGACCGCUUGGGCCCAUGAACUUCGGGUUUGGUUCGAGGCGACCUUUCGUUGAUCGGCUGAAAAAUUAAAUAAUAAUCCAAAAAAAAGGCGUAGCUCUUGUGAGAUACGCUACUUUUUUUCUUUUUUAAUUUUUUUUUUUUUGUAUAGAAACCACGUGUAUUUGAGUGAAAAAAAAAAAAGAAAAAGAAAGAAGAGACACUCUU